AUGGCUGAAGAUACUCACAUGCCGAGUUUCAUUCUCCGGGAAGGCGCCAGCGACAAUUUUUCCGGUUCCAUUCUCAGCGAGGAUUUCACCAAUCAAGCCAGCACUUUCUGCACGUCUCCAAACGACCCAAACGUCACCAUCUUUCCGCAUCAAACCCGCAGGAGUAUUCGCCUUCUUAGGUUUGGUGAUACCCGAGGCAGCGUAUUUGAUAUGGAUCAAAUUGAAGAGGAAGAGGAGCGUGAAUUCGGAGAAUCCAGCGAACCAGCCGCCGGAUCGUCAAGCAACGCCCCAGCUUCUGGCCAAUCUUCUGGCCAAUUUCAGCAGGCCAGCGCUGGAACCUUUCAAAGGGCUCGAGACCCUUCGCCAAUUCUCAACCCUCGCGUCGUGGGAGUGAACGACUCGGAUGAGGAGACUGAAGCUUCUUCAUUUGAGUCACUGCAUUUUCCCAGUUCGCCCAGAGCUCGUUCAGCAUCUGGUGAUGAGCCACUGGCGGGUUCCAACGUCAAGACCCCUUCUUCUGUCACUGCCACGGACGGAGCGGUCUCGGAUACACGCAAGCGCUCGAAAGACGUGUUGCAGAGAGCCGUUUCCUUGGAAGAAGACGGCAUCGCGAGCCAUGAAACUAUUUCGUCCUCAAAAGCGGCCUACGAGACUAAAUUUCUUGGCCAACUCGCUGAACGGCUGAAUAUCACCCAUGUCGUUGCGUCGAGCCCGCAAGUUAUUGAAUUCGCCGGUGAGAAAAUCUUGCUGAGCAUCAGGAACUCGGGAGGCCCCGUCAGAAUCAAGAUUGAGAACGGCCAAGAGAAGGCUGAACCCCUUCAAACUCACGAGGCUCUGGCUUGCACAAGCUCUCGCGAGUCCUCAUCCUCGAACACGGGUGAGCGUGCCACAGAAGCGGAGUCAGUCCACGAGCAUCCAGCUGGUGCAACUGACUCUGAGCUCUCCUCUCAAUCUGGCGCUCUGCAUCAAAGCCCAGCUUUCGAUGUCGGGCCUGAUUUUUCUCUGAGCGGCCAACAGGUUUCAGCCCCCAAGCAAGUAGCAGGCGAGCAGCGCACUUGGGCCAACUACGGCCAAGGUUACCGCAACUCGUCGACAUACACCGACCAGCGCCCUCGAAGCUUCAGGUAUCACAGAAAAAAGGGUGGAUACCUUGGCGGCAGCCGUGGCAGCCACAGAGGCAGCUACGGCUCUGCCCGAGAAGCUACGCACGUGGGUUUCGGAGGUAGCUAUGGAGGCGGCAAUGGCGAUGACUAUAAGGUCACUUACGGAGAUGGCUACCACACAGAGGGUCACCAUGGAGGUGGCCACCAAGGUAGCCAUCUUCGUGGUUUUGGCAGAUGGUUGCAAUAA